UGGCGCAAAUCAGAGGAGGCUUGUAAAUAAAUACUGUGACAACUGCAAAAGAAAUACAAGAAUCUGCUGCUAGUUUCUCUACGAUCUGAUUCGAUUUCUGAAAUUUGAACCGUGAAGGAAGAUGCCAAAAGUCCAUUACCUGAACACAAUAAGAACCUUUGAUAACGACGGAUUCAAAAAAAGGGCUGGUUGUCUGUGUUUUCGGACCGAGGCAGAGAACGAGGUUCUAUUGGUGUCUAGUUCAAAAACACCUGAUAAGUGGGUUGUGCCAAGUGGUGGUGUUGAACCAGAUGAAGAUUUUGCAACUGCUGCCUUACGGGAAGUUGCUGAGGAGGCAGGCGUGAAGGGAAAUCUAGGUCGAUUCCUUGGCACGUUUGAGAACGACAAGCGAAAACAUCGAACAGCUGUAUAUGUCCUUAUAGUCACAGAAGAAUGCGAAGAUUGGUACGAGGGCAAAUGUGGCCGUGUUCGAAAAUGGUUCCCCGUUGAUUCGGCAACAGCGAUGUUAAGGGAAUGUAAACCGUUUCAAGCUAGUUAUCUUGACAAAGCUGUAACGACCAGGUGACAGAAUUUGUCUCCAACGUCCUUCCUGGGAAGGAGAACGUGACGUGUGAAUGUGCGUGCGUGUGGAGAAUUCGUGCAGUUCUAUGCAAGAUCACUGUUUGUAUAUAUACGUCUGUAAGACGAGAUUUCUGGAGAUUUCGGGAGAUUUCUCAAGUGUGCACCAAGAUUUUUGAUAUACGCGCGGCUCUUAAAAACUAGUAUAACUGUAUAUUUUAUAUUUAUUGCAGAGUGGCUCAAAUAAAUUUUUUUAUUGUUA